AUGGCGUCAGCAUCCGUCGCUCCUAAAGCCCGCAACCAAAUGGGGCGAGGGAAGAAGGCCUCCGCAGCAGGCAAGGCCACAAAGAUCAAAUUCGCUAUUGAUUGCCAGAAGCCUGUUGAUGACAACAUCCUCGAGGCAAAGGGCUUGGAGAGGUUCUUACAGAGCCGCAUCAAGGUGGGAGGGAAGUUAAACAACUUGGGCGAAAAAGUAGAAGUGUCUCGGGAAAAAGCAAAGGUGUAUGUUACCGCCGAGCUGCCAUUCUCAAAGCGUUACCUCAAGUACCUGGUGAAGAAGUACCUGAAAAAACAGAUGUUGCGCGACUUCCUGCGCGUCGUUGCGAACAACAAAACGUCCUACGAACUGAGGUAUUUCCAAAUGCCUCAAGAGGACGAGGAGACGGCAUAG